AUGGGGAUGUUCGGAUCCAGCAAGAAGAAGAAGAUCCUCGCCGCGGCGAGGCUUCAGAUGAUCGCGGACCAGGCCGCUCGCGAGCGCGAGGAGGAGGAAGCGCGUCGGAAUAAUGACGCGGCCAGCGCGCGAUCCGAGGAAACCCCGCGCGAGGAGGUGAACUCGAAGCUGUUCGUCGCCCCCAAGGCGAUCAGGUCCGCCAUCGUCGUCGACGACGAGAAGGGCUGGACCUUCCCCGUCGCGUCGCUCGUCGUGCACAAUCCGACGUCGGGCGCGUUGAUCUUCAAGGUGAAGGCGCUGCACGCGUCCGAGGUGUUCGUGAAGCCGUGCGUCGGCGUCCUCGCGCCCGGGGAGGAGAGAGAGCUGAAGAUCACGCCCAAGCCGGCGCCGGACGCGACGCAGAACGGCCACCGGUCCAACGAGCUGGCGGUGCUCUCGUGCGCGUCCGAAUCCCCCGUCGUCGACCCGGAGCGCCCGUGGCCGUCGGACAAACCGUUAGACCCAACGAAGGUGAAGACGGACAAGGUGUCCAUCUCGUACGACUCGAGCGCCUCCGUGCAGUUUCGGCUCGCGGUGAACCGCCUGGAGACGCACAAGAAGAGCUCCAGCGAGGGGUUGCUCGCGCAGGCGAAGCACUUCGUCGGCAACGCCGAGGAGAAGCUCAAGGCGGCGAAAGACCAGCAGGUGAUGUCCCUCACCGCGGCGAUGUUCACGUCCAAGCUCGCGAACCGACACGUGCGGCAGACGCACGCGGCGUUGAAGUGCGCCGCGGUGUGGCGCGCGCUCACCGCGGCGAGGCGGGCGGCGCGGAGGGCGCUCAUCGCGACCAACGAGAAGCACGCGAUCGACGCGGAGAUCGCCAAGGAGGCGUGCGCGGACGCGGUGAAGCGCGCGCGCGCCAAGACGGACGACGCGUGCGCCGCGCUCGAGGAGACCAAGGGAAAGCUCGAGAUCGAGAGAGCGAGAGCGGACGCGUCGGACGCGGAGGCGGCGCGCGCCGAGGCGGAGACGGAGACGGCGCGCGCCGAGACGGAGCGAUGCAAGCGCGAGGCUGAACGCGCGCGCGCCGAGGCGGCGGCGCAGGACACGGUCGCGACGUCCGCGUCCGCGGCGGCGAACAGCGCGACGGAGCGCGCCGCGGUCGCGAACGCGGCGAGGGAUCGCGCGGAGGCGAAGUCCGCGCUGUUGGAAUCCGUCGUGUCGAAGCUGACGGAUUCGUGCGACGCGUUGAAGGAGGAGCUCGCGGCGACCGAGGACGCGCUCGAGAAGAAGACGACGGAGUCCGCGUCGAGGGCGAAAGAGAUGGCGGCGCUCGACGCGCAGCUGCAUCGGCUCAGCGGCAGGCUCACGGCGAUGCAUAAGAACCGAGACGCGAUCAUGGAGCGUUUGGUGUUCACGUGGGAUUUGUACGACACCGAGUCGGCGUUUACGCGUUGGAAAGACGCCGCGGAACGGAAGAAAGAACUCCGCGCGAUGGAACACAGGGCGACGAUCGCGGAGAGCGAACUCCUCGACGCGCGGGCGAAGAUAUCGGUCCAGGACACCGUCCGCGCGGCCGCGGUCGCGACCGCGCGCAGGGAGUCCGCCGCCGCGGUGGAGCUCGCGAACAGCACGCGCGUCGCCGCCGCCGAGCGCGACUACGAAGCCGUGCGCGCCGAACUUCGCGCGGCGAGGGACGAAGUGCGAGAGAUGCAAGAGGCGCUGAUGAAGCUCCAGGGCGCGAAAGUCUCGAACGUGAUGCAAAACUUGACGCGGCAGCAGGACCAGCUCAGCGCGCUGAAGGGGAAGAGCGCGGAGGAGAAGCGCGCGGCGAUUUUGGCCGCCGCCGCGGGGGUUCGAUCGCAGUCGUCCACGCGCGCGCCGUCGCGCGCGGGCAGCGUCCGCGGGGACGAUUCGAUUCGCGGGCAUCACGGCGGAUCGGUCGCGGGGAUGUCCACCGGUCGACUGAACGGCGACCGCGCCGCGUCUCCGGUCGGGUCCGAUCGCGUCUCGCCGAUGCAAGCCGCGGUGGCGGGGCUUCCGCGAUUCGACGAUCGAAACGAGUGGGGCGCGUCGGCGGCGACGCCGACUGGGGGCAUCGAGAGCGCGCAUCAGCGCGCGGCGUUGAUUCUCUCGAACAAAAAAACCCCGUCGAGGACGGGCACGGGCACGGCGACGCCGGUGAACGGGUCCGAGUCGCCGCUCACCGGGACCGCGGCGCUGUUCGCGCACGCCGCGGCGUCGGCGAAGCGCGGCGACGCCGCCGCGGCGCCGCCAAACUUUUUCGGCGGCGGCGGCGCGUCCGCGGCGGAGGACGCGAACGUCGCGGCGGCCGCGAAGGCGACGCCCGCGCCGGACCCGUGGGCGACGCCGUUGAAGGCGUGA